CUCUUCCGUUUAGGAAUACAGGACAGACUUCAGCCAGUUUCCUUCUGAGCUGAGGCUGUACAGUGAUUUAAACAGACAAAAAGCUUGUCGUUAUGCGGUUUACACAACAUUAUAACAGCUAGCUUUGGACUGCUUUUACUUUUACACCGGGUUUCAUCAUCAGACAUGGAGAAAUUUGAAGGCUACAUCUUCACUGCUCUCUGCAGCACCAACUUUUUGGUAUCCUGCCUCCUGUUCUCCAGGAUCACUCGGGAGCAAAGAGAACCUUACAUGGACGAGAUUUUCCAUGUCCCACAAGCUCAGAAAUACUGCCACGGAAAAUUCAACGAGUGGGACCCAAUGAUCACCACUCUCCCGGGCCUUUACCUCAUCUCUGUGGGAGUCAUCAAGCCCGUGGUGUGGCUCGCCGACCUGACGGGUGAGGUGGUGUGUUCCACGGCCAUGUUACGCUUCAUCAACCUGCUCUUCAACUGCGGCAACCUUUACCUGCUCUAUCUGCUCAUCUGCAAGCUGCACCUCAGGGAGAAGACACGGACAACCUCACGCCGGGUCCUGUCAGCGCUGUCUCUAUCCACCUUCCCUGUGCUUUAUUUCUUUAACUUCCUCUACUACACCGACGCCGGAUCUACUUUCUUCAUCCUCUUCACCUACCUCAUGACGCUCUACGGCUGCCACAAGGCCUCGGCGGUCCUUGGCGUCUGCUCUGUGCUCUUCCGCCAGACCAACAUCAUCUGGGUGGCCUUCUGCGCAGGCACUCUGGUGGCCACCAAAAUGGAUGAAGCCUGGAAGGUGGAGCAUACAAAAAAGAGGGAUGAGAAGUUUCCUCCGUCCCAAGUUCCUCUGUCAUUCAGCGGAGCUAAGAAAAUAAUGCUUUUCACACUGGAGUUCCUCACGUCACCUGGUCACGUGAAGGCGGUGCUGAUGGUGGCUUGGCCUUAUGCAGUGGUCGGCGUUGGUUUCCUGGGGUUCAUGGUGCUGAAUGAUGGGAUCGUGGUGGGUGACAGGACGAGUCACGAGGCCUGCCUCAACUUCCCUCAACUCUUCUACUUCUUCUCCUUCACCCUCUUCUUCUCCGUCCCCGUGUCGAUUUGUUACCACCGCGUCCUCCGCUUCCUGCAGGUUCUCAAAAAGCAGCCUUUGUUCUUCCUCUUCAUCACCGGUGUCUCCUUGCUCCUGGUGUGGAAGUUCACCUUCGUCCACAGGUACCUCCUGGCAGAUAACCGCCAUUUUCCCUUCUACGUGUGGAAAAAGCUUUUCCAGAGGCACGAGCUGGUGCGCUUCCUCCUCGUCCCAACAUACGUGUUUGCUGGGUGGAAUUUUUUGGACUCCUUCAAGUCGCGCUCGCUCUUCUGGAGUUUGGCUUUCCUGGCGUGCCUCAUGGCUACCACGGUCCCCCAGAAGCUGCUGGAGUUCAGGUACUUUAUUGUUCCCUACCUGAUGUACCGCCUGCACAUGCCUCUCCCCUCUCUUCCCAGACUCAUUGUGGAGUUCCUCCUCUACACGGCGAUCAACGCUGCCACAAUUUACAUCUUCAUCACUAAGACUUUCCACUGGCCCGACAGCACAGCCACACAGAGGUUCAUGUGGUGAACACAAGAGGCAAACUGGUGUCAAACACUAACGGACUCAGACAGUAAUUGACAUCAAAGGAUUUUCCCAGUUUACAGAGAAGAGCAGCACAUGUGACCUGUCAAAAAUCAAUGAAAAGCCUCUGGAAGAUAUAAAAGUCAGACAGAAACAGCUCAUGUAUUCAUAUCAUUUCUGUACAGUGUGACCAACUGGUGUUUGGUAUAGUGUAUAGGGAUUUCUACAGCUUAUAUUGAGAACCAAUUUUGCUAGUUUUAACAGUGAAAAUGAAUGAAAAACCCUGUAACACUGAGUCAGAUGUAAAGCUUUUUAGCGUUAUGAUGUGCUUUCAUUGGCAAAGGCUACAAAACUUCCUGAAGUGCUGCCAAGUCACUGUGAAUCAGAUCACAGUUACAUGAAAAUAUUCCAAAAAUAUUCAUUUUGUAAUAACAAGUAAAGUUUUUUUUUUUGGCUCAGACAUUACAGUGUUGGUAUCAGUAUUGUAAAGUCAUUGGUGCUGGUUUGAAUUUACUGUGUAUAAAAGUUGUUUCUACUGUACCUGAACACUUUGUGGUUGAAAUGUUGAUCCUUUUCCAGGGUGGAAAAUAUGAUAAAUCGUGACUUUUUGGCUGGGUGUGGUUUUCUUAUGGCAAACUGUUUUGUACGGUAAAUGUAAAUACUGCACUGCAGCUCUGUGAAUCAGUCUUUAAAGAAAUAACCGUUGACAUCAAAUAUGUAAAUAUGAUCCAAGAGACCAAAAAUGACACAGCCAUAUAAAUAUUGUUAUUAUUAUUAUAAAACUUCCAAUUUUUUUGUAAUAAGUGAGAUUUUUGCUUUUUGCCAGUGAAGAACACACGUGACUCACAGACAACUUUAUAAUUAUGGGACUAAAUUGAACAUAAACAUGUAUUUUCCAGUUUAAUUUUUUUUAAUACUUUGUGGUUUAAUUAUAUAAUAGAUGGCGACAUGUUUCCUUCUGUACGUUUCCCCUUUCUGUCCGAUUAAUUAAUUUAAGUCAAUCUUAAUCACAAAGGGAUGUUAUUACAGCUUCGGUUUGCUUCGGUUGAACUGAGGUGAGGAAAUUCAGUCAAAUCUUAAUGUGACAUUCUGUAAUUUAUUCCGUGUAAUUCAUCAUUUCAGUUUUUUUUUCAUCAGUGUUUUUUCGCUUGUGUCAGAGUCUUGUUGCUGUGUCUUCUGCUUAUGUUCCACACUUCCUGUCCAUCCAGCUGUUCACUGCUGCCCCGCUGAUACAGUCUUAGGUAUAUGUUUGAAUAAAAUGAUUCAUUCAA